UGGCAGGCUGUCCCGGCUAAUCACUUCAGGCAGCCCUUGGAAAACCACUUUCUGGUUAAGUCUGCAUCAUACUGUUCCACCAAUGGAAAAAAUUGAACAUGAUGAGGGUGUGUAGCUAGCAGACAAAAAUAUAUCCAGCAUUGCACAGGAUCUGUUUUUAGCUUUCAACGGCUGAGCAUUUGAAGUGUUAGACACUGUUUCCUGGCUUACCAUGGGCAGAAGGAAGAGAGAGCUGGAGGAUGUGGGUAUAGAUUUUAGCUCCGUGAAACUUUUUCUGUUAACUAAAAGACCCUGAGAAAAACUGGCUGCAUCCAAAAUUUUGACAAAGGAUUGCUUUGAGGACACGUGGAUUCAUUUCCCAUGCUUUUUGAAUGUGCUGCAUUGCUCCUAAGACCAUGUAAAGCCGACUGACCACUAACCUCUCUCUGAGCAAAAACCAGACUGCAGGGAAUCCCAGCUCAGCUACAUGUGGUUCAUAGCAAGUGCCUCCCUGUGUUAAGGAAUUGUCAGUUAAAAACCUGCCACCACCAAACCUGAAGGAGGUCUCUGCCUUCAGGUGAUUUUUAUGCCUGUUCAAUUCUGCAGUGACACGGUACUACAGAUAAUGUGUUUAAAAUAACUAGCACCUGUGUGUGCAGUAGUAGCCUUGCGCAAUAAGGAGAGCCAACUGGGUUAAAAUGGGCAACUCCGAGAGUCAGUACACCCUUCAAGGAUCUAAAAAUCAUAGCAAUACUAUUACUGGUGCUAAGCAAAAGCCUUGCUCCCUGAAAAUACGCAGCAUUCAUGCGAAGGAUGAGAAGUCGCUGCAUGGCUGGACUCACGGGAGCAGUGGAGCAGGUUACAAGUCCAGAUCCCUGGCCCGAAGCUGCCUUUCUCACUUUAAGAGUCAUCAGCCUUAUGCAUCAAGACUCAGUGGGCCCACGUGCAAAGUGUCCAAAGGCAUCACCUAUGCCAAGCACAGGGCGAGCACCUCAGGAAGUGAUUUCCAGGGCAGCAGUGCUGCUUUCUCACCUGAGAAUGGCUUCCACUACGAUGACCACCAGCCAGCAGACAACCACAUCACCUCUCGAGACUGCAAUGGACACCUUCUCAACUGCUAUGGGAGAAAUGAGAGUGCUGCCCCCACCGUCCCAGGUGAAGACCGCCGUAGCCCCAGGGUGCUCAUCAAGACUCUGGGGAAGCUGGAUGGGUGUUUAAGGGUCGAGUUCCACAACGGUGCCAACCACAGCAAUGGGCCUGCAGAGGACCCCAGGGGUCCAGUGCAGCUGCUGCGGUACUCACCUACAUUGGCAUCAGGAACCUCCCCUGUGCCAGAAGCCAGGAGGGACUCUGGUGCUGACUCCCCUGCCAGCCAGCGCCCUUCUCCCACUGACUCUCGCCUUCGUUCCAGCAAAGGCAGCUCCCUGAGCUCGGAGUCAUCCUGGUACGACUCCCCUUGGGGCAACGCUGGGGAGCUGAGCGAGGUGGAGGGCUCCUUCCUAGCUCCCAGCACGCCCGAUCCCAGCCUCCCCACCAGCUUCCCACCUGGUGAUGCCAAAAAGCCUUUCAACCAAAGCUCUUCCCUGUCCUCACUUCGGGAUCUGUACAAAGAUGCCAACCUGGGGAGCCGCUCCCCAUCUGGCUUCUGCCUUUCUGACGAAUAUAUCGGCUCCCACACCAGCCUAAGCAAUCGCGUGUCUUUUGCAUCUGACAUUGAUGUGCCCUCCAGGGUGGAGCACAGGGACCCCGUCCCAUACAGUUCCUUCACCCUCCCCUGCCGGAAGUCCAAAGCCUUAACUGAGGAUACUACAAAGAAGGACACCCUCAAAGGCAGAAUGCGACGCAUCAGCGACUGGACAGGCAGCCUCUCAAGGAAGAAGAGGAAACUCCAGGAACCAAGGUCCAGCUUUGACAGCUGCUCUGACGGACUGAACACAGAUGUACAGGUGCCCUCUCAGGCGCCUGCCCUACUGUGGCCAGGGGGCUCGGCUCAGAUCCUGUCUCACAGAAGCGAAUCUACUCAUGCGAUUGGCAGCGAUCCCCUUCAGCAGAACAUUUACGAGAAUUUCAUGCGGGAGUUGGAAAUGAGCAGGACCAACCCUGAGCACGUAGAAACAUCCACAGAAACCGUCGAGUCCAGCAGUGAGUCACUCAGCUCGCUGGAGCAACUGGAUCUGCUCUUUGAGAAGGAGCAGGGAGUGGUCCGGAAAGCCGGGUGGCUUUUCUUCAAACCCCUUGUCACCUUGCAGAAGGAAAGGAAGCUGGAGCUGGUGGCUCGGAGGAAGUGGAAACAGUACUGGGUAACACUUAAGGGCUGCACCCUGCUGUUUUAUGAGACCUAUGGGAAGAAUUCCAUGGACCAGAGCAGUGCCCCAAGAUGUGCCCUCUUUGCUGAGGACAGCAUUGUGCAGUCUGUCCCAGAACACCCCAAGAAGGAAAAUGUGUUCUGCCUCAGCAACUCCUUUGGAGAUGUCUACCUUUUCCAGGCCACCAGCCAGACCGACCUGGAGAAUUGGGUCACUGCCAUACAUUCUGCGUGUGCGUCCCUUUUUGCAAAGAAGCAUGGGAAAGAGGACACUGUGAGGCUGCUGAAGAGCCAGACAAGAAGUCUGCUUCAGAAGAUCGACAUGGACAGCAAGAUGAAGAAAAUGGCCGAGUUGCAGCUGUCUGUGGUGAGCGACCCCAAGAACAGGAAAGCCAUUGAGAACCAGAUCCGGCAGUGGGAGCAGAAUCUGGAGAAGUUUCACAUGGACCUGUUCAGAAUGCGCUGCUACCUGGCCAGCUUACAAGGUGGGGAGUUACCGAACCCCAAGAGCCUGCUUGCUGCCACCAGCCGCCCCUCCAAGCUGGCCCUCGGCCGGUUGGGCAUCUUGUCUGUUUCUUCAUUCCACGCUCUGGUAUGCUCUAGAGAUGACUCUGCUCUUCGAAAAAGAACACUGUCACUGACCCAGCGAGGGAGGAGCAAGAAGGGCAUAUUUUCUUCCUUAAAAGGGCUGGACACCCUGGCAAGGAAAGGGAAGGAGAAAAGAGCUUCUGUCACUCAGAUAUUUGAUUCCAGUGGCAGCCAUGGAUUUUCUGGAACUCAGUUACCUCAAAUCUCCACUAACUCCAGUGAGGUUGACGAGCUCCUGCAUCUAUAUGGGUCAGCAGUAGAUGGCGCUCCCCGAGACAACUCCUGGGAAAUCCAGACUUACAUUCACUUCCAGGAUAAUCAAGGCGUUACUGUCACAAUCAAGCCAGAGCACAGAGUGGAAGAUGUUUUGACUUUGGCAUGCAAGAUGAGGCAGUUGGACCCCACUCACUAUGGCCUUCAGCUUCGGAAGUUAGUCGGUGAAAGCAUGGAGUGCUGUAUUCCUGCACCGUGUGAAUAUGUGCAAGAGCAGGUUUAUGAUGAAAUAGAAAUCUUUCCACUUAAUAUUUAUGAUGUGCAGCUCACGAAGACCGGGAGUAUCUCUGACUUUGGGUUUGCAGUCACAGCGCAGGUGGACGAGCACCAGCAUCUCAGCCGGAUCUUCAUAAGUGACGUCCUCCCUGAUGGCUUGGCGUAUGGAGGAGGAUUGAGAAAGGGCAAUGAAAUCACGACCUUAAAUGGGGAAGCCGUGUCGGAUCUUGACCUUAAGCAGAUGGAGGCUCUGUUUUCAGAGAAAAGUGUUGGACUUACUCUCAUCGCCUGGCCUCUGGACACAAAAGCAACCCUGUGCACUUCCUGGUCAGAUGGUGACCUGUUCUCCAGGGACCAGAAGGCUCUGCUGCCUUCCCCCAACCAGUCCCAGCUGCUGGAGGAAUUCCUGGACAACUUGAAAAAGAAUCCGGCAAAUGAUUUCAGCAAUGUCCCUGACAUCACAACUGGUAUGAAAAGGAGUCAGACAGAUGGCACUCUGGAUCAAGCCCCCCAUCGAGAGAAGAUGGAGCAGACCUUCAGGAGCGCUGAACAGAUCACCACCCUGUGUAGGGGCCUUAAGGACACCCAAAGCAAGAGUAUGGAAGGACCCAGGGAGAGUCAGGACCCACCUCUGAGGCCUCUGGCCCGCCACCUGUCUGAUGCAGACCGCCUCCGGAAAGUCAUCCAGGAGCUCGUGGACACGGAGAAGUCUUAUGUGAAGGAUCUGAGCUGCCUCUUUGAAUUAUACCUGGAGCCACUUCAGAAUGAGACUUUCCUUACCCAAGAUGAGAUGGAGUCACUUUUUGGAAGCUUGCCUGAGAUGCUGGAGUUUCAGAAGGUCUUUCUGGAGACUCUGGAAGAUGGAAUCUCUGCUUCCUCUGACUUUAAUAUGCUGGAAACUCCUUCACAAUUUAGAAAGUUGCUCUUUUCCCUUGGAGGCUCAUUCCUCUAUUAUGCGGACCAUUUUAAACUCUACAGUGGCUUCUGUGCUAACCAUAUUAAAGUACAGAAGGUUCUUGAGCGAGCUAAAACCGAUAAGGCAUUCAAGACUUUCCUGGAUGCCCGGAACCCCACUAAGCAGCAUUCCUCCACCCUGGAGUCUUACCUUAUCAAGCCGGUUCAGAGAGUGCUCAAGUACCCUCUGCUGCUGAAGGAGCUUGUGUCGCUGACGGACCGUGAGAGUGAGGAGCACUACCACCUGACAGAAGCACUCAAGGCAAUGGAAAAAGUAGCGAGCCACAUCAAUGAGAUGCAGAAGAUCUAUGAGGAUUAUGGGACCGUGUUUGACCAGCUGGUUGCAGAGCAGAGCGGCACAGAGAAGGAGGUAACAGAACUUUCCAUGGGAGAACUUCUGAUGCACUCUACAGUCUCCUGGUUGAAUCCAUUUCUUUCUCUAGGAAAAGCCAGAAAGGACCUUGAGCUUACAGUAUUCGUUUUUAAGAGAGCUGUCAUAUUGGUUUAUAAAGAAAACUGCAAACUGAAGAAGAAACUGCCCUCCAACUCCAGGCCUGCACACAGCUCUGCUGACUUGGACCCAUUUAAAUUCCGCUGGCUGAUCCCUAUCUCUGCACUGCAAGUCAGGCUGGGGAACACAGCAGGGACAGAGAAUAAUUCCAUAUGGGAGCUGAUCCAUAUAAAGUCGGAAAUAGAAGGACGGCCAGAAACCAUUUUUCAGUUAUGCUGCAGUGACAGUGAGAGCAAAACCAACAUCGUUAAGGUGAUUCGUUCUAUACUGAGGGAAAACUUCAGGCGUCACAUAAAGUGUGAGUUACCACUAGAGAAGACCUGUAAGGAUCGCCUGGUACCUCUCAAGAACCGAGUUCCUGUUUCAGCCAAAUUAGCUUCGUCCCGGUCUCUCAAAGUCCUCAGGACCUCCUGCAGCAGCGAGUGGCCCAGCGAAGCCAGCAAGGCCAACUCCCUGGACUCUGACGAGUGCAGCCUGAGCAGCGGCACCCAGAGCAGUGGCUGCUCUGCAGCUGAGAGCAGGCAGGACUGCAGGAGCGCGCCCCCUCCAGUGGGCGACCCCCAGGUGGGCGACCCCCACGAGGGCCUGGCCGACUUUCCCGACAAUCUCAUCAAAGAGAGUGAUAUUCUGAGCGAUGAAGACGAUGACUAUCACCAGACUCUGAAACGGAGUAGCCCCACCAAGGACAUCGAAAUUCAGUUCCAGAGACUGAGAAUCUCCGAGGAGCCUGAUGCCCACCUGGGGGAGCAGCAGCCUGAUACAGGGCUGGCCGAGGGCCUGAAGGGAGAGCAGCCCAAGCUGGUGCGGGCACACUUCUGCCCCAUUAAACGAAAAGCAAACAGCACCAAGAGGGACAGAGGAGCUUUGCUGAAGGCGCAGACGCGUCACCAGUCCCUUGACAGCCAACCUGAAAAUAUCAACAUUGAUCUCAAUUUUGUUCUAGAGCGAGAAUUCAGUGUCCAGAGUUUAACUUCAGUUGUCAAUGAGGAGUGUUUUUACGAAACAGAGAGCCAUGGAAAAUCAUAGUACAGUUCCACCCAGAGAAGGGUUACAUUGCUCACUUACUUUUAAACUGGUGGUAAAGUGGAAAUUGCAGAAAAACUAUGCCUCAUUGGUUGUGUGCAGUAUGCAUUUUCCCACAAAACUGUAAAGAUUUAAGUUAUUUUAAUUUAUUGUGGAUCAGGAAACUAGAUUAAACUUGUCAGAAUCUGUACAUGACUUAGUUUAUAUCCCUUUUGAGCAGGUAUCAAAAUGAUUUAGAAUCCUGAAAACUGCAUUCUGAUUGUAAGUUAUGUGGAGAAAAGGAUGGGGAGGUUGUGAUUAACAGCUUUCAAAAGGAUCAUUUUUUUUUUUUUUUUUUUUUUUAAUCCUCUGGGCAUUUUCUUUGAGCUGUUUUUGCUUUAUUUAAAGUAUAUUUAAAUUAUUUUAAUGUGGGUUGGGGUACAAUAUGCAGGUAGUUCAUUUUUGUAGGGUUGUAAUAGAGGCUGUUUAUACUAAACAUGUCAUAUCUAUGUAGUAUAUAUAUUAAAAGCUUGUACUGUAUCUUAUUUGAUAUUUAUUUUCUCUACCAAGCUGUACAGUAAAAGGAACAUAAGUCACCUGGU